AUCAAACUUCAUCGAAGGCCCUCAGUUGUUGAGAUCUAUCAAAACUAAGGAAGUUAGGAUGAAUGUCCUGGGAGUAACUUAAUAAUGCAGCCUACUUCCUUUGUAGGAUCAUGUUAACACAAUGCAUAGAUAAGAAGCAGAAAUACGAAAUUUAAUAAGUGUACGUUUAUUUCAAGCAUUAAAUUAUUAGUAGACAGAUGAUCAUGGAACCAAAGAUAACUAUAUGUAACACGAAGCUGGCACACCAACUAACUCAUCCUAAUAAAGGCGAUUUAUCUUGUAUAUAGCAAUACAUGAUGCUUAAAAUACAAAUAUUAGACACACAAACAACUAGACUUCAUAUAAGUGCACCCAAACGAGGAUAUAAAAAGGGCCCAAUGUUAGGAUGUAAAUACUUGACAAUCAUAUAUAUGAAAGUAUAAAAUAUCCUCACAUAGGUGUCAUAAGUAGUCUAUGUUCUAGGAGCUUCACGGGUAUACUAAAACGAAUAUACUAUUUCUAUUUGAUGGAAACUACUUAAGUCUCUUUAAAACACAUCAUUCCUAGUUUUUAUGUGGUUAUUUUGGUGAUAUCGUUAUUGGGUGAUGUAAUAAGUUUACCUUUCAGUAAUGUAACCAUAAGCAAUUUACGCCGAUUUUUUUCAAUUUUUUCUACCUUUUUGAAUUACAUGGUUUUUUGUUCCACGCUUCAAAAUCUCAUUGAGUGCUUCAAAAAUGGCUUCAAGCAGUUAGUAUAAAGAAUCAAGACGUUCAAAAACGUGUGUAUUAUGUCAAAGGGUGGUUAGAUAAUAGGGAAAAUUUGACUGAUACCAGGUUGGAGCAGAUUUCACUGGAUACAUGGCGUUUCGAUAAAGAUGGAGUUCCCACAAAUUUUCAAUGAAGUUGGAGAAAUUUUAAUGAAAAACAUUACUGCAGUACAUCUAGCAUUAACUUCAAUUCGCUAUGAAGUCCGAGUAAAGAGAGUGGAAAUGCGUCUGCCAAUGUAAUGUGUUUAUGGUUGAAGAAAAUACCCUGGAAAACUGACGAAAUAACCUUAACGCGUCAGCUACUUACUGAAGUUGCAAGUCGCACAUGUUCACUUUCCUCAAUCGAUGAAUCUCUAGCUAGGCAGUUGGCCAAGAUUCAUUCUGAGCAAGUAAAAAAACAAAAGUUGCGUCAGAAAAUUAAAAAUGAAAGCGUUGAAAUUCGUGAACUUGAAAACAAAUUACGAAGUGCUUAUGUAGCUAAAGAACAACUUGCACAAAUGGCCGAAAAACGUGCUCUUGCUUAUGACUUGAUGGCUGAAGAAGCUUUACAAGCUCAUCACUUAAAUUCACAACUUGGUGAUGAAUUAAUUAGAGCUGAACAAGAAGAAACUCGUAGAAAACAAUCACAAAUUCAACUUCGAAAUGAAUUAGAUACACAAAUAAUGGAACAAAUAGAAUUACGAAAAAAGCUUUAUCAAGAUUUUUUACAUGACAAACAAAUGGUUGAUGAAGUUGUCAAGCGAAUAAAAGAAGAAGAUGAAUAUGAACAGCAAAAACGCCAAAAAAGAAAAGAAUUAAUUCGUCAAGAAAUUGAUCAAUAUCAAAAGGAACGUGAAGAACAUAUAAAAGUUGAAAAAGAAAAUCUACAAAAAGAAUUGGAAGCAGUUAAUGCAUAUACUGCUAGGAAAGAUAAUGAACAGCAGUUAAUUAAAGCAGCACUUAAAUCAAGACAAGAACAUAUUGAAAAGUUACAAGAUGAACUAGGCAAAAGGCUGUUAGAAAAAGAGAACGAACGCAAAGAACUGGAAGAAAUACGUCAAACACUAAUUUUGGAAGAAAAUGAUAAAAAGAUUAGAGAAGAACGAGAAAAUCAAUGGAUAACAAAGUUAACUAAUCAACGGAAACUCUAUGAAGAUUAUAAAGAACAACUUUUAUUGAAGGAACAACAAAAGCAGAUUGAAAAACAAGAAGCUUUACAAAUCCGAAAUUACAUGUUAGCUAAAUUUGAAGAAGACAAACGUUUAGAACGAGAAGAAUUAGAAAAACGUCAUCUCAAACAAAUGGAAUACGCUAGUGAAGCACAUAAAUUGUUAAUUGAAAAACGCCAACGUAUAAUGCAAGAGUAUGAACAGGCGAAAAAAGAGAUAAAUGAAGAAAAGCAACGUAUUUUAGAAGAAAAACGAAUUGUGGAAGAGGAAAGACAACAUUUACUAAGACAACAUGCCAAUAAUUUAUGGAAUCAUUUGCCCAAAGGUAUUUUCCGAUCACGGGAAGAAUAUGAAUCCCUUAAACAUUUAACUUGUGAAAAAUAA